AUGUCAAGCAUCAGAACCGGGAUACUCCUUAACAGUCAGGAUAUACCUCUUUCCAUGGGACACUUUGACAAUCGGACAAUGUCAGAAAUCUACAGUGACCUCCCGUCUCCAAAAUGCUCAGAGGGGUACACUAUUUACCACAUCCAAGGAAUGCGCAGCUCUCUUUAUAACUAUCAACAAGAAUCUGUCUCAGCGAUGCUUGCGAGAGAACUAUCCCCAACGAGCGUCAAUGAUCCACUCUACAUUUCCAUAAAAGGGGUGGAUGGCACAGCCUUCUACCUCCAGCCGUCAACAAUGGAAUUACGGCGGGAGUGUCCCCAGGUUAUCCAAAGCCGUGGAGGUAUCCUCUGCGAAGAGCUAGGUACGGGGAAGACUGUAAUGAUGCUUUCUCUUAUCCUUGCAACACUUGACCAGCUCCCACAACCCGAGGAAUCCAUCUUCGACUUACACCCUAUCAUGACACCACUCUCUUUCCGGCACUUCUCAACUGCUGAAUGCAAUACUGCACGUGAACGACUUAGCCACGGAUCCUUAUCUCGACAGCGCAAGUCAAUGUCUGAGAGGCGAGAAACUCUGCGUGUCCCCUCGCUUGUAGAGAUCUUACUCCAUCACUGCCGUGCAUACCCAGAAAAGCUCGAUCUUCAUAUGUACCAGGAGGAUCUUGAGCAAAGGAACCUCUGGGAGCCUCUCCGACUGUGUACACCAUUCUACCAUCAAUACGAUCUAGCAAUGCCCGAACUUGUCCACACUAGGCGCAACUACACCGACCCCGGACCAAGAAAAAUGUAUCUCAGCAGCGCGACAAUUGUCGUUGUACCAGUUAAUCUAUUUCAGCAGUGGAGAAAUGAGAUCAUGAAACACUGCUAUGAUACAUUGCGCGUGCUGGAGAUCAAAACCGACACCGUAUUUCCAAGAGCGGUGGACUUGGCCAGUGACUACGAUACAGGAAGCACCAACGUGACACCCUUGCUACAAGUCCGAUGGAAACGGCUCGUCAUUGACGAGGGCCAUAUCUCCGCUUCGAUCGUCACGAAUCUCACACCAUUCGCGAAGAUGCUGAGUGUUGAGCGGAAAUGGAUUAUAACUGGUACACCAACGACGAACCUCCUUGGCUUGCAAUUUGGCACUAGUAGCGAGGUUCAAUAUCCCGGGCCACCUCGAACAGAAGGGUCGCCCGCAAGCGACUACAUCGGCAGCGCUGAGGCCAUUGAGCUCAACGCUGUCGCGCGAAAGUGGACGCCCGAUGACCGCGAAGAUCUCCGCAAGCUGUCCAAUAUGAUUAUUCACUUCCUUGAGGUGCCGCAGUUCGCUACGGGUACCAAGACGGCAUUCGACGAGGCCGUUAUACAACCAUUGAUGGGGGAUCCAAGACCUCGACCGGGUGCGAUCGAGGUACUCGAGCAGGUGAUGAGUUCUGUGAUGAUCCGCCAUCGGAUUGCUGACGUCGAGGAGGACGUGUUGUUACCGUUGAUGCAUCAGGAGACCAUCCUGCUGGAUCUCGACCAAUAUGCAGUCAAGUCGUACAACGCGUUGCAAGCGAGUAUUGUCAUCAACGCGGUGGAUUCUGAGCGUACUGAUCAGGAUUAUCUGUUCCACCCCAGCCUUAGGGUCAUGUUCUGGCAUGUGGAUGACGAGAAGCGCUACAAUGUCGACGAAAUGGUGAAAAGCUCGAACGAGUUCCUGCAAAAUGCCCGCCGCAGGAAUGUUUCCCCACAGGAUCUAUUGCUCCUGGAACAAGCCAUUGCACAUGUGAAAUCCGCUGGGAAUGACCUACUGUGGAGAGCAAUGCAGAGCAAUGCUUUUGUCUUUCAUCGUAUUCACGAUGUGUCAUCUGGUGUCUACGAGGCCUGGUCCCCACUGCCUAUCAGAGUGUCGCAUGGUUGCGUCCAUGUCUUGACCAGCGAGCGCCUGAUCAAACUGCGUUCAUUCGUGAUGCAACACCCACUCGCGAGCAUCUCUCAAAUUACUGCUGCUGGACUCGACUUUGAAAGGGAAGCGGAACUGCGGCGCUAUGAACGGGAACGAACACGACGAGACGCAAGAGGGCAGUCUAACACAUUUCGCAAGGAACGCGAGGUCGCGAGACAGAUCGUGGCGCCCGAAAAGCGCGAAGAGGUGCAGCGAGAGUUCGUUGCCGCGCAGAAGCGACUGCUGGCGCAUUUCCAGGACGAGGAGCAGGAGCCGUUCGCUGAAGUACAUCCACAGCCAGUGACACCCUCGUGGCUCCUUUCGCAGUCACCGCUAGCUGGGAUCCGUAUGGGGAAUUCGACGUCUUCGAAGCUGGACUUCAUCCUUAAUGAGGUUCUGCAACACUCGCCUACCGAAAAGUUCCUCAUCUUCUCGAGUUCUCCUCUCACGCUAGGGUUCGUCGCCGAAGGCCUUGAGCUCGUUCAAGUCAAAUUCAUCCAAUACACCACCGCGGUUAAACCGAAAUUGCGCGAGCAGCUCGUGACGACGUUCGAGACGUCUGACUUAUACCGCGUCUUCCUGAUGGAGUUGAAGCACGGAGCGCGUGGCUUGUAUGUCUUUGCCUUGAUUUGCAGCUCGCAGACCGCUGACUUGAUCCGACUCGACACUAGGAACCUCGUCUCGGCUUCACGAGUCAUCUUCUGUGAGCCAGUUUGGCAAGCAGACGUCGAGAUCCAAGCGAUUAAGACGCGCCCUGUCACAGUGCAAACACUCGCGAUCCGCUCAACCUGGGAAGAGAUGGUUGUGUCUCGCCGCGAGGCACUAAAGAGCAAGGGCAAAAGUAUCAAACAGACGCGGCUCACAGACGAUCGAAGCAUCCGCGACUUCAUCGCGAAUCCAACAUUCCUGCAAGAGAACGCAGCGACGCGUCUCGAGUUCAGCCUUCCUCUUUUUCAGCUCAAGCAGAAUCAGAAUGAGGAUAAGGAGCCAAAUGAUGCGUUGGCGAUAGAAGUGCGAGAAGACUCACCCCUAAAGAAGAGACGCUUGGUGAGGUUUGCCGACGCGUGA